UUCCUUUACCUUUGGGGAAAUGCAGGUGAGGGAGGUGUGAGCCAAAGGGGGUGCAGAAAUGCCUACCUUGAGCAUCGGUAAUACAUCUGAGGUGUGUGUAUUUAGGGGGUGGGGGCCUCUUUUGUUCUUUCCGCUCCUUUGGUCGAUGGAGAGGGAGUUCUCGUGUGCUCGGCUUCGGGUAGAUUUCACAGCCUUCGAGGGGGCGAGGAGGUGGAACGCCCACCAAUCCCCCAGCCACUGCCCAAGCCAUUUGGGCACUGCAGUAGCUGACAUGCGAAAAAGGCAGCAGUCACAGAAUGAAGAAACACCUGCUGUGUCUCAAGCACCUGGAAACCAGCGGCCCAACAACACAUGUUGCUUUUGUUGGUGCUGUUGUUGCAGCUGCUCCUGCCUCACUGUUAGGAAUGAAGAAAGAGGGGAAAACGCAGGAAGAAGCACACAUACCACAAAAAUGGAGAGCAUCCAAGUCCUAGAGGAAUGCCAAAACCCCACCCCGGAUGAAGUCUUAUCCUGGUCCCAAAAUUUUGAUAAGAUGAUGAAGGCUCCAGCAGGAAGAAACCUCUUCAGAGAGUUCCUCCGAACAGAAUACAGUGAAGAGAACCUACUUUUCUGGCUUGCCUGUGAAGACCUAAAGAAAGAGCAGAACAAAAAAGUAAUUGAAGAAAAGGCCAGAAUGAUAUAUGAAGAUUACAUUUCUAUACUAUCACCAAAAGAGGUCAGUCUCGAUUCUCGAGUUAGAGAGGUGAUCAACAGAAAUCUGUUGGAUCCUAACCCUCUCAUGUAUGAAGAUGCCCAACUUCAGAUAUAUACCCUAAUGCACAGAGAUUCUUUCCCAAGGUUUUUGAACUCUCAAAUUUAUAAGUCAUUUGUUGAAAGUACUGCCAGCUCUACUUCCGAAUCUUAAUUUUUAUUUAAAAACAAAAAAUCACGUGGGAGGGCUGGGAUGAGAAAUAAAAGUAGUUCAACAACACCUGAAACUGAGUUCCUGGAGAACGUCAGUUUAGCAUUCCUCAGGCUACUGUGAAAAUACAACCAUGUGCUCUUCGUCUCCAUUUUUAUCAAGGUUACAUCCGUGGUUAAGUUUGGAGGAAAUACCACAUAAAAUGGUGAAUUGCCAAAUUAAGUUUGUUUUGUUCAACACGCAUUCUACUUGCAAGCACACUGUAUUUGUAGUCCUAGGAACAGUCUCCUCGUGUAUCUGGAGACUGCAUGUGCAAAGUGAAGCUGCUUCGUUUGCCACAUAGUUGUCGUACUAUUUAUUCCAACGGCGUAACUUAUAUCUGUAUUUAAGGACUUUUGUGCAAUAUGGUCUUCUAGAAAUAAUUGCCAAAAAUCUGGCUGUGGUUUGCAUUUUUAAGUAUAAUCUAAGACAGAAAAAGCCAAUUUUUAAAUUGUUUAACUCUGACAUUCAUCAUGCUAUAUACUGUGUUCAGUACACGAAUUUUGAAGCCAAAAUUUCUGUACAUGAAAAAAAGAGCUAUUUAUCUCUGUCUGUUGGGAAAUUCCAUAUGGGGAAUUCCUCCGAUUGUUCACUGCCAAAACUGUGGCAUUUUCAUUACAGAAGAUUUUGCUAUGUAAAAAUUAAAAUAUAUAUAUAUAUAUAUAUGAAGCCGAAAAGAGAAAAAAAGCACAAAAUAAUUUGAAGAUAUUCUAUCUCAAUGAGUGAUAUUGUUUUUAAUUGUAAUAGAAGAAAAUGAAUCUAUGUAUAUAUCAGAUGUCCAAUACUGUAAUUCAUUUAUUAAAGACUGGCUCUCCAGUUCUAAAAUGGUUGUGUAAAGUAUGUACUUUAGCAAGAAAAAAAAUAAUAAGCUUGAUAACUUAGUUUUGGAAUAUAAAGAAAGGAUUUAAUAAAGGAAUGCCUACAUGUAGCAUCAUAAAACAUUUUGAUAAAUAGCAUCUGUGCUGUGGCAUAUUUUCCUUGAAAGUGAAAUCCAGUGAAAGAGCUGUUUUUAACCAAGAAAAGUUUUAUAAGGAUUAUCCAGAAGAUAAUUCUCUACUUCAGACCUUAACUGUUUUCACCUAGUAUCUUAAAAAGGACUUAUUUUAAAAAUGUUAAAACCAAACUAUGAAUUCUCAUCCAUAAUUGAAAGGCAGUACAGUGCUCAAAUCUUCUAGCUGCCAUAUUAUUUUUUAUAAGAACCACUAAAUCUUUAAGACAGAAAAAUACUUGCCUGACAUUGGCAUGUACUUUUGACAUUCAAGAAAACAGUCCUAUCACACACACACACAAAAGUCAGUGUCAUAUUUAUAGCAAGGUAUUACAUUUGAAUAUUAAUAUCCCCUGGAGGCUAUUUUUUUAAUCUUAAACUUAAUAAAUAUAAUAUUGAGUAACUUAAAAUGAAAGUUUUAGAAAUAUUUAUAUCCACUGAGAAUACUGGCCUUAUAUUAAGGAUAUUAAAAUUAUAGGUUUCCUUUGUCAUUUUUUAACUACCUCUCAUUUUUUUUUAAUUUAUUAAACUUUUUUUAAAAAAAUUGUUUCGGAUUUUCUUUUUAAAAUGUAUUUUACUUGAAAGGUUGGCAUCGUAAUUUUCUUUUUCCAUAAACUUAGAACAUUUCAAUAAUUGUUUUUUUAAGUGAAUUUGAUUUUCUAAUUUAUAUAGAAUUCAGGAGAUAUGAUUAAAAGGGCUAUUAUCUAUUCCCUAUGCAAAUAUUUUAACUGUUGCAGUGUUUGACAAAAUGGGAUUAAAAAAAAAGUUUGCAGAGUAGAAAACAAAACAUUCUGUUUACACUGGCGUUGCUGACUAUCCUACCAUACUCAGCACUUUUAAAUACAUUAUUUAUGAAAGUGUAAUUAAAAUACAAGACAAAAUAUUUAUAAUAAUCAUUUCUUUUAACAAAUGCCUGUUUUUGUCUGAAAGUGUUAGUGUGUUGAGAUAUGCUUUACCCACGUCAAUUAAGAUAUUUGCUAUUCGAAUAAUAGUUUUCAGUAAUAUGUUGAAAAAAGAUAGCUAUGAAGAUGUUUACAAAAAGUCAUAUUUUUUUCCUAACGAGUGAAGUAAAAACCUAAAGGAAUCAUCACUUCUAUUGUGAAGUUUAUUGUUCCUAAAUUAUUUUUUUCUUGAUUAGAAGUGAGUUUGUUAUGCUACUAUGGUGUAUACACACAUGUGUUGUAAUAUCAUACGUGUUGCUGUGUUUAAGGCACAACAAAUGGGUGCACAUGACUAGAAAAUAUGUAAUAUACUAUGACACACCGCAUGCAUCCAUCUUUUUAAAUGUAGACUUUAUAUUCUUGUUGUUACUAUGUAUGAUGGUGACCUGCUAGUCAUAAGUUAUCUUUAUAAGAUACUUUGGACUAUUUAUUCGAUGAACUGUCUGUUUGACAAUACCUUUAAUAUUUUACCAAAUGUAAAAGAUAAGGGCCCUUAUCAAGAGUCCUAAUCUCCUACCCUGGGCAUUUGUAGAAGACACAUCUUGAAGGUAGUAUGUCCUUUUGAAAGCUGAUUGGGGGAAGCUUGUUGCGAAUGAUUCUAGAGUCGAUUUAUGUAUCAGAUGUUGGUAACCGUGGUCUGUGAGGGAGUCUGUGCUAAAUUCCUAUUUUCAGGGGAGGGGAGGGUUUCUCUUUGAAUUUCAAAAUGUUUAAAGUUUCUAUCUAAGAGUAUGUCUGCAUAUUUGCCACUCUACCAAUUUUAAAAAUACGGUAUAAUUCCUUCUGUUUUAAUGACAGAGCUAUAAGAAACAAACAAAAAAAGCCCUCAGCUGGUGUCUAUGCUACCAUUCCAAGAGCACAAUAUUAGUAUUGGUAGAGUUUGAUUUUUGCUAGUAAGUACAUUCCUCCCUGAGGAAAAAUUAGCACUUUAGAAGGUAUAUGCUGUGUUUUAGACUGUCGAGGUAUCUUUGUAUACUCUUAGACUCUGCUAAUGCACACAGAAAGAGGUUAAUGCUCUUUCUCUAGUGCCUAACUUCAGAUGGAUCUAAAAUGGAAAGAAGAGAAUAUAGAUUAUAUAUAAAUAUAUAUUGGAGAGCCAGAUUUCUUCAGAGAUGGAUCUUAAAGACAAGACUCAAAAUGAAUGGAUGAUGCUUCUUUACUCUGGGUACUGAUCAUGCUAUCCAGAGGCAAUACAGAUGUCCCAACAGUAUUGUAAGGCGGCUCUAAGCACAGGAGGUGCAGAGGCGAAAGAACAACAUUAGCAAAACACAAUUUUGAUAUCACAUUAUGAAGUGCAAAAAUCAAGACCAUAAUGGGGUCUUUUUUUUUUUUUCAAAUCUUAAAAUAUGUACAUAGGAUGACCAGUUCUGAUAGUUGGUCAUGGUGCAUGAGGUGUUUAUUAGUAUCCUUUAAUGCUGCCUAGGUUCGACUUAGGGAAUGAAAUGUGUAUCAUAUAUUUACCUGAUAGUUCAGUUUUGCAAAAGGACUAUAGAAAUAGGUAAAUAGCAUUUAUUUAUUAGGGGCAAAAAUACACUUUCACCUCACUAAGCUGAUCUAAAAAUAAUACCUGAUUCUUAUUUUUGAAUUUAUACCAUUUUACACACUUUUAAGUUAUACUGGAAAAAAACUGUCAUAUUGUAAUUGUGACAAAUUACAUUUGCAAAAAAAAAAAAAAAAA